AUUUUCCACAGACUGCGAGCCAGCGUAGGGCUACGUCUUUAAGUCACUGCUUGCACCUCCGUUGUCCUAGCAACGUGUCAUGAAGUCAUCAAUCAUAAUAAACAAUGGAGGACUACAUACCAAUACUUUUGCUACUGGCUUUACAAAUUCACACUGGAAUUCGGAGACGCGCUUUGACAACUCUUCGUGACCGCUAUGGACAGCGAAUACGUUCAAGAAGAAAGAUUGUAUUAAGGCUGAGGGCAACGAGGAGGAGGACACAUGCUGUUUGGGCAUACCCCCUAUCACAAACCUGGUGGGACACAGUUGUGCCGGCUUUCACCCCUACACAGUUUAUUCGAAACUUUCGAGUGUCCCGGGAGUCAUUUGAAUACAUAUGCCAUAAGGUCAGGCAUCUCAUGGUCAAAAUUAACACCAAUUACCGUAUGGCUGUUCCAGUUAGAAAACGUGUAGCAAUUGCUCUCUGGAAGCUGGCUACUGCCGGCAUUGAGUAUAGGACCAUUGGCCACCUUUUUGGGGUAGGUAUAAGCACAGUGUUUAACUGUGUUCAGGAUUUCUGUGACUCGGCUAUAAGGGUCUUGCUCUCUAAACACAUCACCACUCCAGAUGCUGCUAAGCUGGUUGAAAUGGCCACCUUCUUCAAUAACCGCUGGAGAAUGCCACAGUGUGUUGGUGCAAUAGAUGGAAGCCACAUCCCAAUCAUUGCACCCGAGGAGUAUCCCCGUGACUAUUUUAACAGGAAAGGGUGGCACUCAAUUAUAUUGCAAGGAGUUGUGGAUGGCAAAGGACUGUUUUGGGAUGUAUGUGUGGGCUAUGCAGGGAGUGUGCAUGAUGCAAGAGUGCUAAGACAAUCACAUUUGUGGGGGCAACUAAGUGAUGGGGAAUUACUUGGACAAAACAAAAAGAUAAUCUCUGGCAUUAAUGUUGGACACUACCUCAUCGGUGACCCCGCUUACCCACUGCAAAAUUGGCUUAUGAAGUCCUUCUCAGACACUGGAAGACUGUCACCUGAACAACGCACCUACAAUUACAGAUUGAGCAGUGCGCGUUCGGCUGUAGAGAUGGCUUUUGGAAGGUUAAAGGGACGUUGGAGAUGUCUCCUCAAAAGAAAUGACUGCAAGCUGGAGCUCAGCAAGAAAAUGACCUUGACCUGCUGUGUGCUUCAUAAUAUUUGUGAAGAGCAUGGUGACAGAUACAUUGAGGAUUGCAGAGACAGGCAGUUAGACAUUCAACCUCCAAAUCAGGUAUUACCUGAGCAUGUUGAGCAAGAAGGGGCAGAUAUUAGAGCAGCCUUAAUGAACUAUUUCAGUAUAGAGGAGUGAUUGUUUUCAUACAUCAUUACUGCCAGUUACCUGUUUUGUGUUGUGGUACAUGUACAGUAUCUGUUGAUUUAUCCCUGUAAUUUUGGAUAGGUAGUUAAUGUGGAAUACAUUCAUGAAAUUAUUUUAACCGGUUGUGCCUGUGUGUGUUGUGCCUGCGUGUGUUUGUUUGCACGGCACAUUCACAUAUUCAAAACUGUUUUUUGGAAUAGGGAAGGGUGAGAAUGUUGGUAAAUAUAUAAAC